AAGCGGCGACUCUCGUGGUCGGGUUAAACCAAUAAAAUCGUUGCGCAGACGCGACCAUUCAGUUGAAUUUUGGACUCGACGGACUUCGGAUCGAAGCCUCUAGGUGGGAUUUGCAGCUGGAUUUGGAUUUGUCUUGGCAAAGUGUAUUCCCUUUAGAAAUAUCUCGAAAUAAAGAAGAUAACAAGAUGAGUAGGCUACCUGUGAAGGUGCAUCUUCUGCUGCUCCUUUCGGCACUCAUGAUGCACUGCAUCGCCGCCACGCCCAUUGCUCCUGCCACGCCCGAUGGCGCCACGCCCAUCGACGCCCGCGUCUCGGCCGCAGACUUUGGGGCCCAAGAUGCCUUUGAUGCCGCCGACAGCGACGCGGAAUCCACGCAAGCGGAGGCCAGCGAGGCCGGGUUCAAGAUCUCCCUUUUGCCAACUCCGGCAAAAACGGCGGAAUCGGUGAAUCUGGAGCAGGAGGCCAUUCCCUCGAAGGUGUUGAGUGUGUACGAUAAUAGCCAGAAGAAGUUGGCCGAUUUGGCCCAGCCCGUUCCCAUUUUGGAUUCGAUCAGCGAGCACGAAAAGUACGGCAACAAUGGCGACAUGUUCGACGGCAUCUCGCGAUCCAUUGUCAACGGUUACGAGGCCUUUUCCAACCUGCUCAACACCUUCAUACAGAAACCCAAAGAGCUGGCGCGCAGCGUUACGAAGGGAAUUACCGCUCAAUUGGAUAUCAUCGGUGGCAAAUUGGUGGGCCUUUAACGGCACUUCACUACUUAUAGAAGAAAACUAUUACUUUUUGUUUGUAAUUUAAAUAAAUACUUUAAUUUAUUUGUAACUUAACACGAACAUGUUGUGUAGGAAUGUAUUUCGAUAUAUAAAUAUAUUUGUAUGUAUAAAUAAAAUAAUCAUACUCAUAGUAGUAAUAA